GAUGUUUACAACUACUACUAGGGUACGGAUAUGGAGAAGGGUAUCAAGAAAGAUACAGCUCAAUUAAGCCUUCGAAACGAAGCAAAGUCCAACGACAAAAGCCGUCUGCUUUAAAUGCUGCGCUUUGCUCGGUUUGCGGCGGUUUCGUCAGCACUUGCGCAACACCCCAACACACCUUCUCAAUCCGGCUAGGCCACCCCUCAUUGGCUGGCGGAAUUAGUGCCAGCACUGUGCAUAUAUAAGCACAUCCUCAGCUUUCCCUCCUCUCUCUCUUCCCGUCAGGAAUGAUUCCGUGAUACCAGUGAGCAGACAUGGAUCCCGAAAAGAUUGGCCUCCCGCCGUACAGCGCGGUAGCGGAGGAGCCGAAAGGGCAAGUGCGGCCCGGGCAUUGGCGACGGAGACGAGGGUUCCUGCGCCGAUCGCGGGGGCUGCGCUUCAUCGGCCUGGCAUGCCUUGCAUUCAUCGUCUACGCGCAAUGGAGGCAGAUGCCGCCCGCAUCGAGCCCUCCGGACUCGGACUCCCACAUGACCGUCCACGGCCUCUCAGUCAAGCGGCUGCGAGAGGACCUCGCGACCUGCGCCAAGCUGCACACCAAGCCCGUCGACCCCAUCGGUCUCGGCCGAGAGAGGAAUGCCCGCUACAUCGACGGCCACAAGCCAACCCUGAUCAAGAACGCCACCGUCUGGGUCGGCGAGCCCGCUGAAGGAACCAGCCCCGAGGAUGCCCGGUCCGGGAAGGGCUACUCUUGGGUCACAGCCGAUGUCUUCUUGGAGCACGGCCUCAUUAAGCAAGUCGGCCGUCAUCUUGCUCUGCAGGGCACCCUGCCAAAGGACACACUGGUAUACGAUGCCGCAGGACGCCCUCUCACUAGCGGGAUCAUCGACAUGCACAGCCACGCUGGGGUGGAUUCGCUGCCGGAGCUGCGGGGCAACGAUGCCACCAACGAGAUGUCGUCGGAUAUUACGCCGUAUGUGAAGGCUAUCGACGGCAUCCAGCCGACAGACCGACAGAUUCAGGUGAUCAAAUCGGGCGGCGUGACCACGUCGCUUAUCCUGCCGGGGUCCGCUAACAACAUGGGCGGUGAGGCGUUCGUCAUCAAGCACGCCGUGGGCCGCGCCGACGGCCGCAACGAGACGAGCAUCGCCGACAUGCUAGCCGACCCAGACCACGCCUGGCGUUAUCUCAAGAUGGCUUGUGGGGAAAAUGCGGCACGGGUCUACGGAAAACCUGGCGAGCAUGGCCCGACGAGCAGGCUCGGCGAGAGCUGGGAGUUCCGCCACGCCUUCGAGCAGGCCUCACGCCUACUCCGCGAACAGGACGACUGGUGCGACUCUGCUGCCCUAGGACUGGAGAGGGUCGACAGGUACCUUCCUGUUGAGAUCAGAUGGGAAUCUGUGAUUGCGCUGCUGAGGGGCCAGGUCCAUCUCAACGUGCACUGUUACACAAUCCCGGACCUGGAAUCGUUUGUCGCCCACACCAACGAGUUCAAGUUCCCUGUGCGGGCAUUCCACCACGCCCACCAGACAUACUUGGUCCCUGAGAUUCUGAAGCGCGCUUAUGGCGGGCCGCCAGCUUCGGCCCUAUUCGCGGAUAACAUGUGGUACAAGGCAGAGUCCUACAUCGCCUCGGAAUACGCAGGCAAGCACCUCUACGACAGCGGGCUAGUCCCCAUCUACGUGAGCGAUAACCCGGUCCUGAACGCCCAGCACGUCGUGUUCGAGGCUGCCAAGGGGUACAAGUACGGGCUCCCGUACCACGCCGCCCUCGCCGCGGUGACGACCGCGCCUGCCGAGAGGCUGGGCUUCGGUCAGCGGCUGGGCAAGAUCAAGCCAGGGUUCGACGCCGACAUCGUAGUGUGGGAUAGCGACCCGCUCAGCGUCGGCGCCGCUCCGGUCCAGGUGUGGAUUGACGGGACGGCACAGUUUGAGGACCCAGUUGAGCUUGACAAGGCGUUUGAGGGCGUCAUCGUACCUGACGAGGACCUCGCCAACAUCAUCGAGGACCCUGUGACUGUCACUGGCGACGUUGUCUUCACGGGCGUCACCAAGGUCCUCCUUCCCAUGCACGUGGACAGCUUUGCAGCCGACGGCAAGACCUUCAACGUCGCCAUUUCAGGCGGCAAGAUCACCUGCGUGGGCCUCUGCGCCACCGAGCUGGCAGCUGCGUCCGACUCCGACUCUUCCUCCGGCAAUGUGAUCCGCCUCAAGAACGGCCACCUCGCCCACCCCUUCACAGCGUUCGGGUCGACCCUCGGCCUCAACGCCAUCGACGCCGAGCGGGACACAGACAACGGCGGCAGUGCCGACGUCUUCAGCCGCGGCGCCGACGGCCUGGCCCUCGACACCAAGAAGCUGCACGCCUCGCAUCGCUACGGCGUGACGCGCGCCAUCUCGGCGCCCAAGUCCGCCGGCGGCGGCGGCACCCACCACGGCACCAGCGUUGGCUUCGCCACGGGCGCCGGCGGGCCGUCAUCGCCCUCGUCAUCGUCCACCAAGGCCAUCUUCGCCGACGACGCGGCCAUCCACUACACGCUCGACCUCUCGGCCAAGCGCGGCACUGGCACCCCGACCCUAUCUGCGGCUGUCGGCGCGCUGCGCCGGAAGCUGCUCGAGGCCGCGGCCGCGGCUGCGGCCGACGAGGCGGUAACGGACCGCUACUCGGAGGCGGCGUUCCUGAGGCGCGUCCUGGAGGGCGAGCUGGCGCUCGCGGUGACGGCGCACAGCGCCGACACCAUCGCGGCGGUGCUCCGCGUCAAGGCGGCCGUCGAGGAGGCCAUCAACCCGUGGCCCGGAUUCGUGCAGAUCCGGCUCGUCAUCAUCGGCGGGGCGGAGGCGCACCUCCUGGCGGCCGAGCUGGCGGCCGAGGGCGUGGGCGUGGUGCUGGCACCGAUGCUGUCGUACGCUAUGAAGUGGGACCAGCGGAGGGCCCUGACGGGGGCGCCGCUUACCAAUGGGACGGCGGUGGAUGUGCUUGUGGGGGCUGGCGUCGUCACUGCUAUCGGGCUGGAGGAGGAUUGGGUUGUGCGAGACCUGGGCCUGCUUGCUGGUAUCGCAUACAAAAACGGCGGCGGGAGGAUCGGCGAGAGGGAGGCGCUGGACUUGGCGGGUCGGAAUGUGUACAAGUUGCUGGGGCUCGAGGAGCCUAAGGCGGAGCUGCACUUUGUUGUCCAUGAGGGAAAUCCCUUGGAGAUUGGCUCGAGGGUCAAGGCGGUUGGUGAUGGGUCCGGCAAGGUGGAUAUAUUCUGAGAGUUCUUGGCUGCGGUCGCCGUUGUUGCGUUGGAUAGAGGUGCCUGUUAGAUAGAUCGAGACUACUAUGUUGUACUCGCGACAGCAAGCCGUGUUUACAGUCAUCCUUCCUUGGUUAAGAGGACAAUCCGACACACAUGCAUGUAUUGCCAGUGUCCAUUUUCUACAU